UCGAGAAAAGAGCCGCGGAGUGGCAGCGGUGCCCUGUUCAGUAGUCGCGGGGGCUUCCUCUGGUGUGUGCUGUGCGUGCGUGGUGGCGGGGGUGAUGCCGAUUGCGGCCCAAUUAGCAGCAGCGUCGUCCCACUGAUCUGGAGGUGUUCUGCGCCAUUGCCGCAGGCUGCCGUUGGUCGAGCUUGGGCCCGCCGGUGUACCACAAUGGAGACCUCGAUGGAGUAGUAGCGUACCGCAGCCAGCGCGCCGCUGGGUAUCGGCCUUUGUCUGGCGGCGACACCAUGGCGGUGGUGGGUGCCCGCUCGGGCCGCCCCGUGAUCGCGUUCACGGGCGCCACGGCGGCCGCUCCUCAGCAGGCCAUCCUGACCGCGGCACAACCCUUCUACCACCCGCCCGUCACGGUGCAGGAUAUACAGCCGGACAGACCCAUUGGAUACGGAGCCUUCGGCGUCGUCUGGUCGGUCACAGACCCACGAGAUGGCAAGCGAGUGGCCCUCAAAAAGAUGCCCAACGUUUUCCAGAACCUGGUCUCCAGCAAAAGAGUCUAUCGAGAGAUCAAGAUGCUCUGCUUCUUCAAGCACGAAAAUGUCUUGUCUGCACUGGAUAUCCUACAGCCUCCACACUUGGAUUUCUUUCAAGAAAUAUAUGUCACAACGGAACUGAUGCAAAGUGAUCUGCACAAAAUCAUAGUUUCUCCACAGCCACUCACUUCGGAUCACUUGAAAGUAUUUCUUUACCAGAUACUGAGAGGCCUCAAGUAUUUACACUCCUCAAGGAUUCUUCACCGGGACAUCAAACCUGGCAACCUCCUGGUUAACAGCAAUUGUGUUCUUAAGAUCUGCGAUUUCGGGCUGGCUCGUCUGGAGGAGCGGGAUGAACAGCGGCACAUGACGCAAGAAGUGGUGACUCAGUACUACAGGGCCCCGGAGCUCCUCAUGGGAGCCCGUCACUAUGGUCCGGCCGUUGACAUCUGGUCUGUGGGUUGCAUCUUUGCCGAGCUGCUGGGACGGCGCAUCUUGUUCCAGGCACAGACUCCCAUCCAGCAGCUGGAACUGAUAACAGAGCUGCUUGGCACUCCCCUUCUGGAGGACAUGAAGCACGGUUGUGAAGGUGCCCGUGCCCACCUUCUACGACGUCCCACCAAGCCGCCCUCCCUGGCAGCCCUGUACACCCUCUCGCCGCAGGCAACGCACGAGGCUGUCCACCUGCUCUGCCAAAUGCUUGUCUUCAACCCUGACAAGCGCAUCAGUUGUGCGGAUGCCCUGUCACACCCCUACCUGGAGGAAGGGCGGCUGCGAUACCACUCGUGCAUGUGCCGCUGCUGCCAGAGCACACCGGCAGGUCGCUGCUAUGUGGCUGACUUUGAGCCAGUUGCACCACACGCCUUCGACGACUCCUUUGAGUCGGAACUUCUGUCUGUGCACCAAGUGAAAGAAAAACUGCACAAGUUCAUUCUGGAAAAGUGUGCCACGUCAAACCGGGUCCCACUCUGCAUCAACCCUCUUUCUACUGCUUUCAAGAGCUUUGCUAGUUCGACGGUGGCACACCCUUCUGAGCUGCCUCCGUCGCCCCACCAGUGGGAGUGACACGGGCGUCCUCCCCUGCACCACCCGUGACCCUUGCUGUUGCCAGCAUUGGGGGCCCAAAGGCCGCAGCAGCCGCCGCAACUUCACCGGCGCGUCGUUCACCACUGCUGCGAUCACUGUUGCCACCAUCACUGCCCGUCAACAGUGGCGGCUCUGCUCCCUCCUCGGGCCCCCCAGUGGCAGCAGCAUCACUGUUGAGCCAACUCGGCUGCUGCCCGACACUUUUGGCACCAGUGCGAGAUCGGCUGCUGUCGACUGUCUCUCUUUCACACACACGCACACGGGAUUAGUGUUGAUGGGGAGGCCUCUCGGCUUUAAGGGUGCGAGUCGAGGCGGCGGGAGCUUUUUCUUUAAUUUGGGGUUGUCUAUCUGUUGAGCGACUCGGCCGCAAACGCUCGGAAAGAAGCUUGCAGCUGUCUUGUGAUGGGCCAAGAGUAUGUCCAGCUUUGAGGAAAGGUACAAAACGGCUCUGCAGUAGGAGCCAAUUUAGUAGGAGUCAAGGCUGGAAUACGGAGUCAAGGCUGGAAUGCGGAGUCGCUUUUACUAUCUUUUUUUUCGGUGACACCUGCGGGAUGGAGGAAGAAAGCGAUUUGCUUUUCUUUUCUUUUCAAGCUUCACUCUUGCCUUUUAUCACCGAACGCUUUUCUCUUCUCCCUUUCCUCCAUUUUCGUUCAGUGUGUUGUCUUGAUGGCAGGAUUCCCAACUUUUUGCAAAUCCUGCUGCAUUCUACUUCGGAUUUCUUAUGGAGGCCCUUAUGUAAUUUGGUUCGUGUACGUGAAGAUGAUGGGCGUUUGUGGCAUCGGGAAAGAAAGGCGCUGGAGUUAAGUCCAUCUGUCUCUCGGUAUUCGGCUCGGUGAAAUUUGUCAGGGGACCAUCGCGCAGUGCGAGAGGUUUUUGGGACGAAUUUUCACGCAAUGCAAUGCCUGGCCAUGUGUCGCUUGCCCCAAGCAAGUGUAGUCAACCCGUGACGACACACCUUUCGUCGGCACUCCAAGCCUCCUACCCAAGGUGUUCUUCUCUUGGGGACUUAGUAAAGAUAAAGAGAAUGCGAAUAUUCAUUUCACCCACCUCGUUUUCCUUCCUGUGUGACAUUGUCCUGCUUUCUUGACGUCCUCAUUAUCGUAGAGGGAUUAGCAUGUCCCCCCCCCCUCUUUUUUUCUUUUCUUUUGUCGUGUCCCCGUGUGAGCAUGGAGCUGUCUGCAAGUCAUGGUUGUCUGUGGGUCAUGUGUGGGGAGUACACAGUUUUUUUAAGUGUGCUUGAGUAUGUGUGUAUUUGCAUGCCACAUUUUUGUAUUUGUUUGAUAUGAGAAACUUGCCAUAGGGGGUCUCUAAAUAAAAAAAAAAGUACAGUCUGGGAGAAAGCUGUUGUAAUGUCUUACUGUGAUAACUGACUGUCGUUUCCCUUCUAUGUGUGUGUGUGUCUUUUUGCACGCUUUCACCCUCUGUAAAGGCCCAAUUUGGUAGUACCUUUCGCAACAGUCUCCCUCGGCCAGCUUACUUGCUGAAGUAUGUGAUCAAAGUGUCAUCUUAAGCUAACCGACCCCGAGAUUUGUUUCGGCACGUGGCUACCUUCACAUUCACUGCUUUUAAGUAGUCUCGUAUGUCGGCAAUUUUUAAUAUUGCUGUAAACCUUGUGCUCUUGGCACUUGCCUAAUGUAAUGCUGUGUGAUCCGUAGUUAGCACUCCUAAAGCAUUCAGAAAACGAAGCCUGUUCGAACCUGAAGAAACCCGGUGUUCGCCAAAUCGGAUAUAUAUCCUUAUCAUGGUAGUGAUGCCAGCCCUGUGCUGCAUUCUGCUAGUUUUUUUUUAGGUCACUAGAGCCCAGGGGUGUGCUGUGCUUCUUCGGAAAACUCUCUUGCAUCUUGGCGUUCUGGGAGGCUGAAUGCGUCGCUUCUUUCUUCGCUUUCUUGUCCCCACUGUGCAUUUCGUACUGCGAAAGGAACGGCCUGCGUGUACACUGGGGAAAAAAAACGUCUCUUCGGACCAAAGCAUGUACAUACGUCAUUACCAUUCAUGCUCGCUCAUUCAUGUACAUUGUAUUUUGUACUCCUCAUAGCUAGCUAGAAACAGACAUAAGGACAUACAAGAGGGAGGGAACUGGUGUGUGGUAACAAACACGCAGAUUUCUUUCUCUCUCUUUCUCUCCCGCAGAAAAGUUGUGUUCUUUAAUUGCCCGCUGUCCGAGAAUCCUCUCCAGUCUUCCUUUCUUCUGCCUCAUUUUUUCUUGAUUUGGCUAGUUCGUGGCAUUUUUUCUCUGGUCUCUUAUAUGGCUGAAUACUAGUUGGCACCUUAAUUAGUGGAAUCUGGCUUACAUUAGAAAUUUAAUGCCUGGAGAUCAAUUUUUUUUUUUUGUGUGUGGCGACAAGAUUAUUCCUAAGCACAAUAGUGCACGCCAACAAAUUGGGUAAUUCAUUGUUUGAGCUGCUCCCCACCUCGUGAAAAAAAAAAAAAUUUAGGUACUGUACAGGUAUCUGCCAGAGUAGUAGCAGUAAAAAUGUCGUUGAGUCUGAGGUUUCUGGGCUAAUGGGCAGGGUCCGCCUUGCAGUACUCCACUAGCUUUGUGGCUCUCCAGAUGUCUGGCAUAUGCGUGUAAGAAACCUCAUAUUUGAAUACUAGCCAUUUUUUUUUGUGAAUAAUUAAAUAGGUGUUCUGCUGAACGUUUUUUUUUUUAUGUUUCACAGUGCGGUUUUUAAAUUGCAUUAUCACAUUUUUUUCGUCCUCUUUUGUGUUUUGCAUAUUCAUUCACUCGCCCACCACCACCAGUCUUAUUUUGUUGUGUUUGUUGCAUGCGGUACAUCGGGUAGCUACUGUGGCACGGUUUUCACGUUUGUGCAGUUCAGCUUUUGGGCGCAUGUAAACGACAAAUCGAUGCCAUGUCUUGCUUUUUUUUUUUUUCUUACGUUCACGUUAUUGCUUGUCCUGGUGUGUUCACUAAUUACCCAGAUUGUCCUCCAUUUAGUGUGUUUGCUGGUGUUGAUACAACUGCCGUGAUUGGUACUGUUGUUAACAAAGCAUUGUCAUUCAUGUGGUGAUGAAACACACCUUUUUUUAGUAUGAUCUCAGUAUGUUGCACUUUUCUUGGCUUUUUUUGUCGCCCCUCCCCUCCAUUACACUAUCACACAUAGGUGGUUGAUUUAUUUUUUGUUUUUAAAGUGUGUGCCCUGUAUUCACAGAAAAAAAAAAGAAGGGGCUGUCACUCAAGUGAAAUGUUUCAUACCAUCGUAAUACAUGUAGUGUGCAAGUGUUGCCUCUCCCCCCCCCCCCCCUACACACACAUAGGAACUUUUUGUACACUUGCAAACCAUUGUAUGCAGCAGCAUUGUACAUAGCGAGGUUAACAACUACUAUCACAGCCUUCUCGACUUACUGCAGGACAGUUUUCAUUUCUCUCUCCCUCCCUUAUUUGCUUAUUGCCAUUUGCUGUGGCUCGUCUGUGUUUCCUCUUUCUCAGUUUACUGCUGACAUAUAUCCGCACAUUUUUUCCAUAACUGCUGCAUGUCCAUUACUUUUGUGGGUUUAUUUCCAUUCGACUCUCAUAUGUCUAUGGGAAUAGACUUGUGCACAUAUAUCUGCACAUUUUUUCCGUGAUUGUUGCAGGUAUGCUAAAGUUACGGGCUUAUUCCAUUCGACUUGCACAAGAUCCUUCUGUACCUUGGCACACUUUUUUAAAUUCUGUCCGCAAAAAAUCUGACAAAGUGUCACUUAUCCUUUGAUGUGACCAAUGUACAUACACGGUAAAAUGUAUAUUACUGCAGUGAGUGUCAAAGAACUUCUUCAUUUAAAAAAAAGAAAAAAAAAUCUGCGUCUCUUAUUAGCUGGCGGUGGCGAAAGUAUGCAAGAAGCACCUCGGUGCGCACGAAGUAUUUGUAGUGGCAAUGUGUAGUUGAUGCAUGUAGCUGUUCAUAAACACCGUUUUGUAAGUCAGUGACUUUUGCAACACCCUUUAUUAACCUUCUGUUUUGGCACUAACCCCACACACACUCUUUAGCUAUUGACGUGCCAAAGAACAAGUGCUUCUCGUGGUGUUGUUUUUUUUUUACUUUACUAACACUUUGGCAGCGCCAACAUAAUUGCAGCCAGAUCUCUGGACCUCCAUUUUUUUUUUGAAGGUUGUCUUGGCGUGGACAGAUGUGUGGGUCAAUUUCCUGCCAUGUACUAUAAUAUAACUUAUUUGUGUUUUUCGUGUUUCUCGGGUAAUGUUUUUUCCCUCUUCCUAGUUUGUGGGGGCUUUUGGACUUUGACUUGGGGGGGAACUCCUAACAUUAUAUGAGAAACUAGUCGUAAAGACUUGUGCGUCUUACAUUGACCUUUGGUCUGACCGUUUUUGUGUAAAUGCGACUGGCUGGACCUUUUCUAAGUGAAAAAUUAAAGAAGCAAAACAGCAGUCUGUAAAAUGAAAUUAUGCUCUCUGUUAGUGAAACAGCCUCGUUAGGUCCAUAAUAUCGAAGAAUUUGAGAUGUAUAGACCGAAUGCGUUCAUUGAAUAUCUAUUCUUCUUGUUAUGCAUUAGGGUCUGAAUAAAACAUCUUAUGGCGAAGCUCUGUGGAGGCAGCAGUUCUAGUAAAAGCAGACGGUUAGGCAAAUGUCAUGGGUAAGAGUUCAGAUCCUAAUAGUUAGAUAGUAAAGGUUUCGAUUCAGGAGCAACGCUUCGCAGAUUAGAGACGACUAGACGUUAAACAUCACUUUUCGUGAAACAUAGGUGCAAGAUUGGGUCCAGUUAAUGGUGCUGAAUAACACAUUAGAACGAAGGUAAAAGAAAACUUAAGCUUCAAGGUGCUAACAAAUUGUUAAAACAAAAUGACGAAACAUUUUGUAGCAUGCAGUUUUAUACAGGCUGCAGGGAAAGGCUGUGCUGUACAUAGUCAUCUAGCUUCCCAUUCUGUCCAUGUGAAGGUAGCAAAGCAGUUUGCAACAAAGCUAGUGCUUACAUUUCCCGACAUAGACCCCCCCCCCCCCCUGAUCUGUGCAUUCUUCAGCUGUUCAGGCAGAGGUUUUCAGCUGAAAAUUCAGUGUGGAUGUUCGGCUAGAGCUGUGGGUGCAGUUGUUCCUGGAGUCACCAUGUCUGUGUUCAGUGGGCAUACGUCGUGCCGAAAUCUACAUUCAAUUUAGCCAGUACAGGCAUAAGAAAAGACGGGUGCUCUUUAGCCGUUUCUUUUUGUGUGCAAUGUCCCACUUGCCGCAGAGGUCUGUAUGAAGCAACUAGGGAACCAACCAAAAUGUGAUUGUGGUAAACGUGAUGAUCUAUUUCAAUGGAAACUGUUUUAUUAGAAGCUCUUCUGUGGUGGGUGUUGCAGUUCAAGUGAAAGUAUUGAAUGGUUCACGUUUGAUAUGGAUCAUAGUACUCGAUGCUGUGUUUUGGUUUACUGCAUAUUCCAUUGUUGCCUCUGGGCUUAAAGACUGCAAUUAGGAGGCACAUUUUAAGUGACAAGAUUGUGAGAUUUUGUAGAGAGCACAAAUAGCUGUAAAUCACCUGUAGUCUUUGUCUACCUCUUCAAGUAAACAAGAUGUAAUGACAGUUUUGCUAUAUCUGCCACAAGAAAUGCCUAGCGAGUUUCAAUUAAGAUAGCUGUAUAUGUUGUCCACCAUUACAAGAUUAGGGUUUGCACAUCUUGCUUGGUACAGUUUUUUAAGCGGCUCUUCCUGUAGGUUCAGGAAACUACGGACUUACCAAGGUCCACCGUCAUUGCCAAGGCACAAUUUUGUUGAGCAUGAAUGGUGCGCAGGCUGGCGAAGGAAGAACGUUGCAGUUGUCAAGUAGCCUGGUGUAUGCCCAGAUAUAGCGCAUCAAAUAGAGAGAUGGAUUUCCAUUCAUUUGCGGUUCUAUUAGAACGCAUCUUCUAUGUCAGAAGGGAGUUUCCACUGCCGAUUGCUUAGAAUGUACGACUGCCGCCAUCUAAAACCUCGGGUACGACAAUCUCGGCCUUCCAUUGUCGGCACCCCACCGCCUCAACCCCUCAGACAUUUAGCGUUAUUUUCAUCCUCAUAUCUAUCAGAAGUACGAUUUGCACAUUCUCUCCAGCCUGGUUGCUUUGGCCAGCCAGCCUCCCUCCUCCACUUCGUAUUCUUUUAAGUUUCCUACACUUAAGGUGAGGCAAUAGCUUCUGCCCCUCCCCCCCCCCCCCCCUCUUCUUUGUUUAGUGACACUCCUUGAUGGUACUCUUCAAUACACAGGCUAGUGCUAUUACUACUAUACUAUUUUACCAGUGUUUGCAUAUUUCACUAGUAAUGUAUGUGAUGAAAGCAGGUUCACUUUGGUGUUUUGCCACUCUGUAAUGUUUGUCAUCUUGCCACUAUUGACUGGCAAAUGUAGUGUUACGCUCUACUGUGCCGCUCGGUUCAUGCCUUUCUUUCCGCUGUAGAUAAUCUGUGCGUGUUUGACAAAAAAAAAAAAAUGUAGUCAAUGAAGGUCGUGAUGUUUUGUCAUACUGUGUCUCUGUAGUGGGCACUUGCAGCCGAGAUAUGGUGCAAGGAAACAUUCAAAGUUGAGGCUGUGACGAAAUGUGCUACUGCGUACUAGUAGCAAGUGGCAUUGCAUCUGGCGCAUGCCUUUCGGGAAGAAUAGAAAGUCUUGCUGUAGUUUUUUACAGGUUGGAAAUAGUGCAUUUGGUUUACGGGAGUAUUGCUCUGGAGCCGUCUCUCUCUACUGGCACUUAAGCGCCUUCAUCUGACAGUUUUGCAGCUUUAUUUACGAAGGUUGCAAGAAAAUUUUUUGUUUUUGUGAAACGAGCAAGUUACAAGCAGUUCAAUUAUUCCUGCAGUCAUCUUGCUAUCCUUCACACGAUUCUUAAGAUUGUCCGAGUACAGGCAGGGCAAUGUAACACCAUGGACAUUGCCUCAAAGCAGUGGAGGAUAUUAUGCCUGCAUUGGCUACCCAGAAACAGUCGAUAGUUGUCUCAAAAUAAUGUCACCAAGAUUUGCAUUCAAUUCAUCAAUCUCGUCUCAGUUGCUCCAGUUUAGCUACUUGGGCUGCGCAAAGCAUGUACCUUCGACAGCGACAGCUCCCGAGCGCGACCCCUACUCGUCGUUGGUUCACUACUUCCUGUAAACGAACCUGCAGCAAUUUUGGCAUCUUGGGCCAAGAGGAGGUUGUAAACACAGGAGGUGCUGGUGUUUAUGAGAUGAAUGCCUGAUAUUAGUGAAAUGUGCUCCAAUUAUGCAGUCGUAUUGCAGCAGACUGGCGUUCCACUGAUUACAAAAUCCACCAUUGGUGCUUUCACCUGCAUGUAAUUGCAGCAGAAGCUUCACACAACACUGAGAAAGAUAAGAUGGCCUUCGACAUGCUUAGUUUGAAAGUGUGAAGGGACUUCAAGCAGCCUUGUGUAAGCAGGCGUACUGAUUUGGGAAGAGAAAGAAAAAAAUUUUACACUUGAAAUUCAGUGUCUGGAAAAUUUUCUAGGACAAUGAGAAUGCACUUACAGUAGAGGAAAUUUCGCCUGAAGCAUUGAGUUUGUUGUAAGACGUUGCUGCUAUUUGAAAACAUUGCAAAAACAUUGUCAUGAUGCCUCAUGCAUUUAGAGAUGAAGCUGCAUGUGACACAAGUAGGAAAUUUUGAUUCAGAUUUUGAAAAGCAGGCUGUGGUGGUGUCUUGCAGCACCCUUUUCCUAUUAAGUUUGUACAUUCGUGUAAGGCUUUUGCUGCUAUCAUUCAAAGAAGGACAAAGCACCAACUGUAUCUGGCUGUGGCAAUCUUUGUUGCUUGACAAUUUGCUGGUAAUGUAGGCCAUCUUGCAUGGCCAUUUUGCAAAGUAAUUGUGUGUGUGCUGCAUUUAUCGUCAAAAGUGGCAGCAUUUGUACGGAAUCGGCUCGAGUCUUCACGAAAGAGAGUUCCAUGAAUAUGCGUGGCGCUUGCCUAUCUCGCAAGCUGUGUGCCGUGCCUGUUUGGUAUUGUUUGUCGAGAGCAGAGCCUUUGUAAAACGUCACCCGUAGCUUCUGUGCGCAUGUGCUCUUCGUCAGCGUACCGUUUUUUUUUUCUUCUCGUGGGUGUGUGUGUGUUUUGUACACGACUACUAACAACUGCUGUUCAUCACCACUACUACUGUACUAUUACUACUACUACUACUACUGUUUGCACACUGCUUAGGUGGAAUGCUCUCCAAAUGUGUAUUAGUCAGCACACUUCUAUGAAUUGGGUGGAGUUUGAUGUUGUGCCUUCCAGGGAAGAAUAUUUCCAUCUUCCUCACAAGUCUCUUGUAGGUCUUUUUAAAAAUGUGCGGUGUACUCGUCCUGUCGUGGUCUUUCUUUUUGUCCUCUGUUGUGAGUGUUCUUAAAUACAGAUUCACAGUGCUCAUUGGUGGAAACUAUGAAUAGAGUUUUGUUUUGGUUUGUUUA